UCCUCCUCUUCCUCCCGCCCCCCCUGUUCCCGGUGCCAUGUGUGACGGUGCCCUGCUGCCACCCCACCUCCUGCCCUUGGUGCUGUUGCUGCUGGUCCGGGGAUUCGACCCGGGCACAGCCGUGCACGACAGGGCGGCCAACGUGGAGGUGGUGGUCCCGCGGUGGGUGGGUCCGGACAGCCCGCCACCGCCGCCCGGCACCCUGAGACCCCCUCACCACCACCGACGGCCCCGCGCACCCCACGCUGCGCCCCCCGCGCUGCUGCUGCACCUGCCGGCCUUCGGGCGCGACCUCUACCUGCAGCUGCGCCGAGACCUGCGCUUCCUGGCCCCGGGCUUCCAGGUGGAGGAGGCAGGCACAGGGGGCCGUCGCGGGCACCCCACCGAGCUGUGCAUCUACUCGGGCCGCGUGCUGGGCCACGCGGGUUCCCUGGCCUCGCUCAGCGCUUGCGGUGCCACCGGCGGCCUGGUGGGCCUCAUCCAGCUGGGGCAAGAGCAGGUCUUCAUCCAGCCCCUCAACAGUUCCUGGGGUUCACAUCACAUUGGGGAGCACGUGAUCCGGCGCCGAUGGUCCUGGGCAUCCAACCAUGCCGCCGAGGCCGGGGCAUCAGGACCGCUCUGCCAAGUGCUUGCAGAAAGGAAGAGGGAUCUGUUUCCCUUCUGGCAGGAGCCGCAGCAGCAGUGGCGAGAGCGGAGAGAUGCCAUCAGGCCACCAAGCGAGCACGCCCUGGAGACGCUGGUGGUGGCGGACGCCGACAUGGUGCAUUACCACGGUGCCGAGGCCGCCCAGCGCUUCCUGCUCACCGUCAUGAACAUGGUCUACAACAUGUUCCAACAUCAAAGCUUGGGGGUUAAAGUGAGCAUCCGUGUGACCAGGCUAGUCCUGUUGCGCCAGCGCCCCGCCGGGCUCUCUAUCAGCCACCAUGGUGAACGGUCCCUGGAGAGCUUCUGCCAGUGGCAAAAUGAAGAAUACGGGGGUUCCCGGUACCUCGGCAACAACCAGGUCCCGGGGGGGAAGGAGGAUGUGCCCCCCGUGGACGCCGCUGUUUUCGUGACCAGGACCGAUUUCUGCGUCCACAAGGAUGAGCCAUGUGACACUGUGGGGAUCGCCUACCUCGGAGGGGCGUGCAGUGCCAAGAGGAAGUGCCUGCUGGCCGAGGACAACGGUCUCAACUUGGCCUUCACCAUCGCACAUGAGCUGGGCCAUAACCUGGGCAUGAACCACGAUGACCAGCACUCUCCCUGCUCCAGCCACUCCCACAUCAUGUCUGGAGAGUGGGUGAAAGGGCGCAGCCCCAGCGACCUGUCCUGGUCGUCCUGCAGCCGAGACGACCUGGAGACCUUCCUCAAGUCGAAAACCAGCUCAUGCCUGCAGGUCACCCGGUCGGCGAGCCCAGUGCUCCGCCUGCCCCACAAGCUCCCGGGCCUGCACUACAGCGCCGACGGGCAGUGCCAGAUCCUGUUUGGCACCAACGCCAGCUUCUGCCGGAACAUGGAGCACCUGAUGUGUGCGGGACUGUGGUGCCUGAUAGAAGGGGACACCUCCUGCAAGACCAAGCUGGACCCACCCCUGGACGGCACAGAGUGUGGGCCAGACAAGUGGUGCCGCGCGGGUGAGUGUGUGAGUAAGACGCCGCUGCCUGACCACGCGGACGGGGACUGGAGUCCUUGGAGUGCCUGGAGUCUGUGCAGCCGCACCUGCGGGACAGGUGCCCGCUUCCGCCAGAGGAAAUGCGACCAUCCCCCCCCUGGCCCCCGGGGCCUGCCCUGCCUGGGUGCCAGCGUGGAGCACGCGGUCUGCGAACACCCCCCUUGCCCGCCAGGCCUGCCCAGCUUCCGCGACCAGCAGUGCCAGACGCAGGACUGGCUGAGUGGCAAGACGAAGCACCUGCUGACAGCCGUGGUGGUGGAUGAGUCCCCCUGCGCCCUCUUCUGCCUCCCGCUGGGCACGGAGGCCCCGCUGCUGGUGUCCGAGCGCGUCCUUGACGGCACGUCCUGCGGCCCCUACGAGACGGACCUGUGCGUGCACGGUCGCUGCCAGAAAAUCGGCUGUGACGGCAUCAUCGGGUCCACAGCCAAGGAGGACCGGUGCGGGGUGUGCAGCGGGGACGGCACGUCCUGUCGUGUGGUCAAGCGUGACUUCAGCCACCCCCGGGGCACGGCUCUCAGGGACUCCAGCAGACGAUCCAUCAACAGCGACUGGAAGAUCGCACUCCCCGGAGAGUUCCAGAUUGCCGGCACCACCGUCCGCUACGUCAGGCGGGGCCUGUGGGAGAAGAUCUCAGCCAAGGGGCCCACCGAGCAGCCACUUCACCUGAUGGUGCUGCUGUUUCACGACCAGAGCUACGGGAUCCAUUACGAAUACAUCGUCCCCGUGAGUCCCGAGGCAGGCGAGCGGGAGAAGGCUCCGGACUCGUCGUUCCUCUGGACUCACAGCGGCUGGGAAGGCUGCAGCGUGCAGUGUGGAGGAGGGCAGCGCAGGACCAUCGUGUCAUGUACGCGUGUCGUCAAUCAGACCACGGCGCUGGCCAGCGACAGCGACUGCCCACAAGCAAGCCGGCCUGAGCCCCAGGUCCGCAGAUGCAACUUGCACCCGUGCCAGUCAUGGUGGGCCGCCGGCCCCUGGAGCCCCUGCUCGGCCAGCUGUGAGAGGGGCACCCAGCACCGCGAGGUGACUUGCGUGUCCCAGCUGCAGAACGGCACCCACGCCGUCACCCGGCCUCUGUACUGCCCUGGCCCCCCGCCAGCCCCCGUGCAGAGUUGCGAGGGCCACGCCUGCCUGUCCAUCUGGGAGGCCUCGGAGUGGUCGCAGUGCUCCACCAACUGUGGGGCGGGCACCCAGCAGCGGAACGUGACAUGCGCCAACCCGCGAGGCCGGUGCGACCCCAGCACGCAGCCGCCGGCUGAGAAGCCUUGCGAAGACAACUCGGGCUGCUACGAGUGGAAAACCGGGGAGUGGGCCAAGUGCUCGGCCAGUUGUGGGAAGGGGCUGCAGAGCCGCGUGGUCCAGUGCAUGCAUCGGGUCAGCGGACGCCACGGACACAUCUGCCCGGCACUCACCAAGCCCACGGCCUACAGGCAGUGCCAGCGGGAAGCCUGCGGCCAGGGGGCCCGGAGCAACACUAUCACGUCCCCGCGCCUGGCCGCCCUGACCUAUAAGUGCACCCGAGACCAGUGGACAGUUCACUGCCGGGUCAUCCGCGAGCAGGGACUGUGUUCGGACCCACGCUGGUACCAGCGAUGCUGCCAGACAUGCCGGGACUUCUACGCCUCCAGGCAGCGCCCGCACAGCCCCGACAGCGACUGACAGCCCCGCAC